GGCCCGUAAAGUUGUGGCAAAUACAGAAAACACAAAACUACUUCGUUUUUUCUCACUAGAUUUACUCCUUCUGUUUAUGAGGACUAGAAGAAAGUGAAGCAAAGGAUUAAGAAAACGUCGAACAAACUGGAGUAUACUGGUCAAAUGCUCAGACUCGGAAGCAACGAGUGGAUUUGGGACCACAGAAGGACACGUUUCUUCUUUUAAGAUACGAUGGUAAUGUUUAUUUGAUUCGACGCCAGCCGAGAGAUUUGAAUAAGAAUGACCAUCCUUGUGAAGAAGGUGCAGCAGGUGCUUUACGUCCUGCUGCCGUGUGCGCUCCAGCUCUGCUGCGCUCAGACUCAAGGAGUGGUCGUUUGCUCCGGCACACAGAACUUUCUGAGCACGACUGGAAAUUCGGCCAUCCAAUACAACUUGAUGAGGUCGAGAUACAAUAACUGUGACAUUGUGAUGGGCAACCUCGAGAUUACUAUGAUGGACCAUACCAGAGACUUCAGCUUCCUCCAGUCUAUCAAGGAGGUGACAGGCUACAUCCUUUUUGCCGUCAAUGAGUUCAGCCGCCUCCCACUGGACCACCUGCGCGUCAUCAGAGGCACCACGCUGUAUGAGGAUCAGUAUGCCUUGGCUGUGAUGGUCAACUAUCAGAAGGAAGGGGGGCAUGGCCUUCAGGAAUUGGGCCUGACUCACCUCACAGAGAUACUCAAGGGAGGAGUGAAGAUCAUCCAGAAUAAGUACCUGAGCUAUGCCCCUCAGGUGAACUGGCUGGACAUAGUGAAGAAUGGAACAGCCCAUAUUAUGAUCAAGGACAAUGGGCCUGAAAAGCCCUGUCACAAAGCCUGUGGAGACUUGCCAUGCUGGGGUCCAGGAAAUGACACAUGCCAGAUCUUGACAAAGACCGUGUGCGCCCCUCAGUGUAAUGGCCGUUGCUUUGGUAGAAACCCAAGCGAGUGCUGCCACAUUGAGUGUGCUGGAGGUUGCACUGGACCCCGGGAUACAGACUGCUUUGCUUGCAGAAACUUCAACAACUCGGGCUCCUGCGUGCCUCAGUGCCCGCAGACUCUGAUCUACAACAAGGUUACAUACAAAAUGGAGCCCAACCCCAAUGCCAAGUACCAGUAUGGCUCUAUUUGUGUGGCACAGUGUCCCAAAAACUUUGUGGUGGACGGCAGCUCAUGUGUGAGCAACUGCCCAUCUGAUAAAACAGAAGUGGAGAAAAAUGGUGUGAAAACAUGUGAGCCCUGUAAAGGCCUCUGCCCAAAAGUUUGCCGUGGCACAGGCGGCACUGGUUCAAGCAGAGAAACGGUUGAUGCUCACAAUAUAGACAGUUUUAUAAACUGCACUAAGAUUCAGGGCAGUCUUCACUUCCUGGUCACUGGAAUAGAUGGUGAUGCCUACAACAAUGUACCACCCCUUGAUCCGGAAAAACUGAAAAUCUUCAACACGGUGCAGGAGAUUACAGACACCCUUGUUAUCCAGUCGUGGCCUCAAAACAUGCCUGACCUGUCAGUCUUCUCCAACCUCCAAACAAUUCAGGGCAGAAAACUUUACACAGGCGUGAACUCUAAAAGGGGCUAUGCUCUCCUGGUGGUGAAGAUCCAAUCUCUGACCUCCCUGGGGUUACGCUCGCUGCAAAAAAUAAACGAUGGUGGUGUGUACAUCAAAGGAAACAAGAAUCUCUGCUACCAUGAUAUUAUCAACUGGAUGCGCAUCUUAAACAGCACCACACAGAAACGUCCAAAGAAGCACAUAGACAUCAGUGAAAACCGACCAAAGGAGGAAUGUGCUAAAGAGGGCCAUGUAUGUCACCCGCUGUGCUCCUCUGAUGGCUGCUGGGGUCCUGGACCAAACCAGUGUGUCACCUGUAAGAAAUAUAGCAGAGGAGGAACCUGUGUGCCAGACUGCAUGUUCUUAACUGGGAAGCAGAGGGAGUAUGCCACUAAGUCAGGGGAGUGUAUGCCCUGUCACCCUGAGUGUAAGGUCCAGGAGGGGAAGGAGACCUGCACAGGCCCGGGAGCAAAUAAAUGUGUAGCUUGUGCUGCACUGAAGGAUGGCCCACACUGCGUCUCCGUGUGUCCUGAAGGUGUAAUGGGACGGGAAGGAACCAUCUUUAAAUAUCCAGACAAGGAGGGCAGCUGUAAACCUUGUCACAUUAACUGUACCGAAAGGUGCACCGGUCCAGGAAUCGGUGACUGUGUGACGCCUCCGAGGCAAAUGACCACGGCCAUCGCACUGGGAGUGAUUGCCCUCAUCUUUGCUUCAUUCUCCAUUUUCGUGCUCACUGUCCUCUACCGCCGAGGUCUCGCUAUUCGUCGCAAGCGAGCUAUGAGACGAUAUAUGAUGAGCGGUGAAAGUUUUGAGCCCCUGGAAGAUAAAGGGACAAAAUUUGAACCACGGAUCCUUAAGCCUACAGAGCUGCGUAAGAUCAAGCUGCUGGGUAAUGGAGUGUUUGGAUCAGUCCAUAAGGGCGUUUGGAUUCCUGAAGGUGACACAGUGAAGCUUCCCGUGGCCAUUAAGACAAUUCAUGACCGCAGUGGUCGACAGAUCUUCUGUAAAGUGACAGAUCACAUGAGGACAAUGGCAAGUCUGAACCACAUCAACGUUGUCAGGACCCUGGGUAUCUGUCCCGGUGACAGCCUGCAGCUUGUCACUCCACUCAACAGGCAGGGCUCCCUGCUGGAGCACAUCAAGAAAUAUAAGAGCAAGCUCAGCCCGCAGAGGCUGCUCAACUGGUGUGUACAAAUUGCAAAGGGUAUGAAUUACCUCGAGGAGAACAGGAUGGUUCACAGGAACCUGGCUGCCAGAAAUGUACUCCUGAAUGAUAAUUUCACUGCCCAGGUUUCAGACUACGGCAUUGCAGACUCGCUCUACUCUGAUGACAAGAAGUAUUUUUACAAUGAGCUCAAGACACCAAUCAAGUGGAUGGCCCUGGAGAGCAUCUUGUUUCGCAGAUAUACUCAUCAGAGCGAUGUUUGGAGUUAUGGUGUGACAGUAUGGGAGAUGAUGUCUUACGGAGCAGAGCCGUAUGCAACGAUGCGUCCACAGGAGGUUCCCGAUCUGCUGGAAAAGGGCGAGCGACUGCCCCAGCCUCAAAUUUGCACCAUUGAUGUCUAUAUGGUCAUGGUUAAGUGUUGGAUGAUUGAUGAAAAUGUACGUCCAACAUUCAAGGAGCUGGGCAGCGAAUUUACCAGAAUGGCCAGAGACCCACCUCGCUACUUGGUGAUCAAAGAGGACUGUAGCCAACAGGAUUCAUCACCUGAUGAACUCGUCCAGCGAAGUGCAGACCUGGAUGACCUGGAUGAUGUAGAUGUCGACCUGGAGGACCCGCUGGCAGACGGGGUGGGAGAUGACUUGGCUCCAGUCAACCACUAUGUGACCAAGAGUCUCACUCGCAACUCUAGGAUUGACACUCACAAAGUGGUUCUUAACCCAUCAAGUGGGGCUGGAUACCUGCCUAUGACCUCAGGUGUUGAUAGCCAUGCACAGACGAUGUGGCAGUCACGCUCUCGAUUAAACUCUGCUCGAACUCUGUCCGAGACCUCGGAGGGCUGCGGCGGCACAGCACUGGAGCUGGAGAUGGGUGAGGACUUCCCCUUGGCAGGGAGCCCGAAAAGAAGACGUCAUCGUGAGGACAGCGCUUACAUAUCACAGAGGGACAGCAUGUCUGGCGGGCCACCAGAGACUCCCUCACCGGAGAUGGAAGAAGAAGACCAAAAUGGAUAUGUGCUUCCUGGAGGCAGCCCAGAGAGAGAUACCCUGCUUUACUCAUCUCGAGCCACUCCUGGCAGGAUGGGAAAGUCUCGUUCAUCAGAUCUUCUGGACUACCCAGAUGAUGAUGAAUACGAAUACAUGAACAAGCAGGUUUCUUUAACACCUGUGUUACCCAGGCAAAGCAGCCACUGGCUGAAGCCGAACAAGAAGCGAACCUCCUCAGUGUCGUCACGUGUGACAGCAUCCUCGUGUGACACUGCUGUAUCUGUGGAGGUCAAGGGAGGCCACACCAGGAGCAAGGACAACUCUGACUCAGAACAACAGGGCUACAGUGAAGCUGAGUAUGAAUACAUGGACAUCAGAGGCAGCGAAAAGCCGGAAGGUCCUCCCGGACGUGACCCCCCUCCUCCUCCUACUCCUGCGAGGAUGAGAGGCAAGCCAGCGGAGGAGGAUGAAUACGUGGAGGACAGUAAUUAUCAUUAUACAAACAGACAACCGAAGCUACGGCAAGCUCUACAAGACAAGAAAGAGCUGAAUGUACAGGGGACAGAGGCGUAUGAAUACGAGGACAUGGACUGCUUUUCUGCCUCACCACCUGAGGAUGCUGCAGUGUACCAGAACAUACAGAGGGAGCAAAAGGGGGCAGUGGGGGGCAGAGAGCAAUACCAGUCUGGGUUUGACCCCAGUGUAAAAGUGCGGGCUGGGUCUUUUGAUAAUCCCGGAUACUGGCACAGCAGGAUGUUCCUGAAGCCCAAUGCAGUUCAGACAUGAAAAACAUUUUAAAUCUCAUGAACUUUCCUCUGAGACACAGUCAUGAAGGAUCUGAAAUGAGAAAACUGACCAAAAGCCACGUUAAAGAUGUAGCAUGUAACAAAAUUAAAAAACCCAACGUGUAUGACUAUUUUACAGCUUUGUUCUUUGUUAUACAUCGAGGUUAUGUAUAUUAUGUGAUACAAGCUAUAUUUUUGUGUUUACAUUGUGAAUAAAGAGAUAUCAUUGAAAAAUGUGUGGA